AUUAAUGAACUCAAACCCUCCUCCAGUGAUCGUUUUGUACAAAUAGAGUCUCAAUGUAAUUAAGGAUAUUUUACUUAAAAGGAUCCAGACAAAAAGAAUUUUAGCAAAUUAUGGUAGUAAGAACCAAUUGAAGUGAAAGAAGUAUGAAAUAAUAAUGAUGUGCAAAUAGUUUUUUUCGAAUUUAUUUCAAGCAUUGAAAUAUUCAAAAGACGGAAUGGCUCAUACAAUUUUCGAAUUGGAAACCAGUGAUUCCUUGUCUGAGAUUUCAGAGAUCAAUUGGAAAAAUUAAGGAUUUAUUAGUGAGUAGAGUAAUUCAAUGUAAGAAUUGCUAAAUUUUCUGGAGAUAGAGAAGUUGCCUCUAUAAUCUGCAUUUUUAGAGAACAACUCAAUAAAUGCAAUUGCGUAAAUAACAGAUUAUAUUAUUUUAGAUAAUUGUGUGAGAGAAUGAAAACUUUGAAUAUUAACCAAGAAUUGAGCAACAAAAUAAAUGAUAGUUUUCUCAAGAUUUCCAAACUUCGUAAGUGAAGACAAACAUUAAUUUUUGAU